UAACGUGAAACUCAGUCGACUGCGAUCGGCCGAUCGGUAAACGUGCAUGUUCGGCGACCUGCAUUAUUAGUUUGUGUAUGUGUGUGCGUGCGCGUUGUGUCGUUCUUGCGGUCUCGAAACGCAAUAUAGCGAGGAGGGCUCGUGUCCCGCAUUCCGCGGACACGCGAAAAGAUACGAGAUUUAUCCAAAAAGUAAACAAAGAAAGAAACUGACAUUCUGCUAAGUAAAUUAUAAGCGCGUGAGUCACCGCCGAAGGUCUGACUCCAAGAGGAAGAAGAAUGAGAUAUCUCACGUGUCUGUUAACACUGGGAGUAUUGGCUGCGGCAGCCUUCGCCACGAUCAAGAAUGACGCGUCGACGAUUGAUGUGCUUAGACAGUCCCUAUUAUAUCUAGAGAAAGAGCUGAGGAAAGAUCUAGCCGACGAACGUAAAUGGAUCAACGUCGAAGAGCGACAUAAGUAUUUGCAUCUGAUCGAGGUAUACAAGAGAUUCGGCAAUCUGGUAGACAAGCAAUUUCCCUUGGACCGACAGGAUCACCUGAACUCUCUGGACUCCGUGUGGCUCUGGGCCCGGGCCCAGUCCGAGGCCAAUGGUAUCAACGGCCUAUACGGGGUGUUCAGGCAGAUGCAGCGCGAGAUUGUCGAGCUGAAUGCGCCGAUCAACAUUAAUCAGCUGGCGAAUUUCGCCGAGACAAUCCUGCAGGAUCCAAACGCCGCGAUCCCGAGGGCUCUUGAUCGCAUCGCGAAUCUGAUCGUUAACGAAAAAUUAUUCAUCGUGGCUAUUCAGGAAGCGACGCAGCAAAUGUGCAAUGGGAUGCAAUCGCCGCAGCAACUACUGUACAAUUUAUACAAUACCGUGGCGCUGACGGAGAUCAAGGGUUACACUAUGAUUCAAUUCUCCUAUAUGUUACUUGGUCUGUACAACGAAGGUAAUAACUUUAACGAGGAGAUUCAGGCGCUGAAACAUCAAUAUGCGAUCAGGACAUUCGAGACGUUAAGAGCCGUGAAAACCGCAAUGGCUUUUGCUCCGAGAGAUCUUUGGAGAUGUGAUCCGAGUGUACAUAAGUUAGAUGAAACUUAUACCGAAUUGAAGCAGCUGUUUCAAGGAUACAUCGUAAACGAGGUAGAUCUGAACAGCGAUAAUACGUGCAAGGAAAACUGCAUUUAUUAUACAUAUACUAAGGUGUAUGGUUGCUAUAAGGAUCAAUUUUGUGCGCAACAACGCCGGUGCAAUGGAAAGAUAUUGCAUUGCGAGUACAUCGAUUCCGAUAUGUGGGUCUGUCCGUCAGAUAAAAACAGCAAUAGACGUUACGAGUAUAUUGAGUAUGAAAAUGGUCUCGUUUACGGAAACAAAAAUACAUGCAGUAGAGGGACGACCAAGGUCGACAGUUGGUGGAGGUGGCUUUUCUGGCAUUGUAGUUAUUGCUUUUGCUAUUGCGAUGAUCACAAUGCGAGCUCCGAUCGGUAUUUUAGUCUCCGAUCCGUGAUGUCCGAUAUUUCAAAUAAUAGAGUUAUAACAGGGAUAAGAUUAAAAAAGAUAAACCAGAUUAUUCAUAUGCAAAUCCAAGAGGGUGAGUUGCUCCCACGUGGAGCGAUUAAUACAUCCACGACUGAAUGGCAACCGGUCGAUGCCUUUUCGAUCAUGGACGCUAACGUUAGAAGCGGCAUUGAUUAUCAUAAACUCGUGUGGGAAAAACGCGCUUUGGACCUCGACGAUUUACAGUCGUCGCAGGAUCAUCUCUUGACAGGCGUUCGAUUCCGAAUGGUUGGUAGCCGUCUAAACUUGGAAAUAAUGGUGACUCCGUUCAAUUUCACGUCCGGAUUAUUAAUCCAACCCGAGGAAAAGACCUUCUGGCAUAGCAAUGACAUUACUGAUAGAACGGAGCUGAAGUUGAUCGAACCCGAUAUACCAAUUCGCACUCCCACGCAGAACAUACCAGAUUCCGCGAUAAAUCAAUAUUUGAAUUUCGCACCGAGCGAUCGGCGAAAGGACGCGGCGCAAAGCACAAUUCCCUUCCUCGAUGUUCAACCAAUUAUACCGAACCCGCCGGUACCGAUCGCGGGCGCUGGUAUCUUUCACAAGGGUCGAAGAGGUUCAGGCGGGUUCGCCGCCUUAAAAUUGAUCACCUAUAACUUCGCGCCGCAUCUGCAAGUCGAUCUACCACCAACACCGCCGGUUCUCGAGACCCCAAACGAGAUAACAGUCACGUAAAGAAUCUGUCACACUUUUCAUCGAAAUAACGCGAUUGAAGAACCUGUGAUUUAUAUAUAUAUAUAUAUAUAUAUAUAUAUAUAUAUAUAUAUAUAUAUACAAACCUAUACAUAUACCAAGGACCUUAACAUAGGUAUCAAAGUGAACGCGCAAGUGCAAUGUCGAGUCGUUAUAUAUAAGAAAUAUUAAAAGUCGAAAGUUUUAAUUUUAUGGAAAAAAAUUUUUUUUAAUAAAGUAAAGAUAAUGCGAGAAAAAUCAGUAUUGACAUACAAAAUUUAAGACACAAGAUGAAACUAAAAAUGUUUUUGUUUUUAAAACUUUCCAUCUUUGUAGACUUUCUACAUUUCGAAUCAAAGUGCUAUUAUAAAAUUUUCUUUCGAAAAAAUAUGGAAAAUAUAUAUUGAUUAUUUGUAAUGUAUAUCUUGUUUCGUGAAAAUCUGAUCAAGAAUAUCUUGAAAAUUCUUGAUUUAAAACUAACGCUCAUUAAAUUAAGACUAAUUACAUUUAAGCAUCCCUCUUCUUUAUAAUUUCUUUAUAAUUACAUUUAAAUAGAGAUUUUCUUUCAUUAAUUUCGAUAUGCGCGAUUUCAAUAUAUUAAUUAUUGAUACUCAUAAUAAAUCAAUCGUGUGUUUACCAAUGUAUCGUAUAUAUCCCGAAUCUAUAGUUUACUAAUAAUUUAUGUUAUCAGUCUUGAAAUCGUUAGACAGCUUUGUUUAAAAAUAUUAAAUAAUCAAUUUAUAUUAAAAUACAGUCACAAAUUUUGUUUUUCUGAAUUAAUUAAAAUAUAAAAUAAUGAAAGUAAGAGUUCAUAAAUAGAUUGAAGUUAUAGAGACAAAACAUAAAGCUUUAAAUGUUAUUCAUAUAUAAAUGAAAAAAAUAAUGUAUAAAGCUUUCUGGAUCUAUAAAUUCUAUAAAUAAAUGACUUUUAUUGAUGAGAAUGAGAUGUAACUAAAAUUUGAUAUAAAUUUUGAUUUAUCGUCAAAUGUAUAAAUUAGAUAUAAAUUAGAUUCCUUCGUUUUUCAAUUUUCGUUAACAGUAACAAUUUUUUUUAUAAUUUGAAUUUCAUAUUGUAUGGAUUUAGAAAUAUGUAGAUAAGUAUUUGCGACAGCAAAUUGUUGCUGUUUCCUUUGCACUCAAUUUCGUUACCAUUAAAUAUGUUUUAGGUUUAAGAUUCAAGAUUAUAACAUAAAAAAAUAUUUCAUUUUAGAUUUAGGAUUAGUAUUAGAAUAGUAUAUAUCACAUGAUAAUUUCUUUUAUUAUAUUACAAUUUUAUGUAAAAUGAUUUUGCAAACUGUCUUCCAGAUUUAGUUAUAGCUUUGUAGGAGAUAUUAUUUAGAAUUAUUAUCGAAUUUAGAAUUAGUAUCGACUUUGUAAUAUUUUUAUACUGUAUAUGAUGAAUUUUUCUUUAUCUUUUCUUUCAUGUAACUAUAAGCAUACAAAUAUUUCAAAAUAAAUUGACAUAAUAGCAAA